UUCUUUUAUAAUGCCCUCAAUUUCAGUUGCAAAUUCGAUGCCACCUUCCAAUUUGAGGAAACCUUUGGAAUCAAAUGUGGUUACGAUUGAUGUGGGCGGACAAAUCUUCCAAACCACUAAACAAACCCUAACCCUAGCUGGACCUGAUUCCAUCCUCUCCCAGCUCGCUCAGUCCACUCACCGAUUCGUUGACCGUGAUCCCGAGUUGUUCUCUAUACUUUUGUCCCUAUUGCGAACUGGGAAUCUCCCGUCCAAGGCUAAAGCUUUUGAUAUUGAAGACCUGAUCGAAGAGUCCAAGUUUUACAAUAUUGAAUCGCUUUUGGUCAGCUCUCAGUCGAAUCCCUCGCAGUUUGACGCUUUCAACCUCGAGAAAUCGUUGGUAAUGCCGUUAAAUGGCCGUGACUCGCCGUCUACAAUUGCGACGACCAAGUAUGGGACUCUUCAUGUUUCUCACGGAAGUAAAAUUACGUCCUUUGACUGGUCCAUGAGAAGGAAGUCUACAAUUUUGACUCAAUUCGCUGCUAUCGAUUCUUUGUUAGCGAUGUCUCCAAGUGUUGCUGCAGCCGGUGCCAGUGAUUUUUCUGGGCUGCAAGUUCUUGAUCUUCAGAAAGGGUAUGUGAAAGAGACUUUGAAUUGGGAAAAUAUGACUAAGUCUAGUUGUACUGUACAAGCAAUUGGUUCAUCAGCUGAUUGUUUGUUUGUUAGUUUUGAGUCGGGUAGGAGAAAUUCGAAUUCUAUUAUGGUUUAUGAUAUUACUAGUUUGAAACCCGUUAGUGAGAUCGGCCAUAAUGAGAUUUAUGGUGCUGAAAUAGAUUCUGCGAUUCCAGCUAAUAAGUUGAGGUGGCUUUCGGGUUAUAAUUUGCUUAUGUCAGCUGGAUCACAUAGUGCCAUUUCUGGGGUGUCGGGGGAUAUCAAAUUGUGGGAUUUAAGAUCUGGUAAUAUUGUGUGGGAGGUUAAGGAUAAGGUGGAUUGCUUUUCCGAUGUCACCGUAUCUGAUAAUUUAUCGGCAAUUUAUAAAGUUGGUAUCAGUUCUGGGGAGGUUUCUUAUAUGGAUUUAAGGAAAUUGGGAGAUAUGAGUACGUGGGUUUGUCUUGGUGAUCAGAACAAAGUUGUUAAUGGGAAGAAAGAAGGGUCUGGAUGUAAGAUCGAGAGUCAUUCGAACCAAGUGUUUUGCGCAAAAGGAGGUGAUAUAGAGUUCUGGUCAGAGAUUGUGAUGGGUUCGAAAAAAAGUAGUGAAGGUGGGUUGUUGGAACAGCGGGUGUUUAGGAAGAAUUUGAUGGGAAGAGUGAAGGAUAUGGGAGGUUCGAGGAUAACCAAUUUGGCAUUUGGAGGCAACAAGAUGUUUGUAACGCGUAAGGGUCAGCAAUCUGUGGAGGUUUGGCAGAGUUCAGUGAGGGGAUUCUGAUUGGGAAAGGGUUAGUUGGGUUAUUGAUUAGGAAAUGGUGUCUUUACAUUGUUUGAUGUGAGA